ACCAAUAUGCUCAAAAGGCUUACUUGAACGACACACGCGCUAGGCGUCAAUCACACUCGCCUCGCAUCACAGCACAUCACACCAAGAUCGGCCCUGCUGCCAGUGUGUAUCUUGUCAUCCGGCUGGAGCGCAUGACUUCCACCAUCACCUCUCUCAACAGGGGUGGCAGAAGCCGCACGCUCGAGCCGGAUGACAAGACACAGCCAUGGCACACGGGGGACACAAGAUCUAGCUCCUCAAGAGACAGACGCACUUAGUUGUCUGGCCAUCCUUACUCUCCGCACAAAACAAACAUACAUCAUUGAGAGCGAGCUGGCAAGGAACUGGGGUCGACGAGAGACGACCGAUGCCCCAUCCACGAUGAAAGCCCGUCACUCACCCACUCUCCGUCUCGCUGUCGCUCAAUUAGAGCCUGUGGACGAAGCCAUGGCGGCGGCCUUGUCGCACUGCAGGUGGACGCAAGUGCCGUCGGGAUAUGCCACGAAGGCCUUAUCGAGAAUGCGACGAGUACACAACGGACAAGACCGGUCGCCUGUGAUGGUCACACACCUGUGCACACACACACACACACACACAGAAAGAUGACACACGGCACGGCACCCACCGAUCCACUCCCCGACUCACUCACCUUGAUCUCAGCUGGCUCCACUGUUGGUGUGUCUUGAGGAAGGCCAUGCUGCUGAGGUGCUCCUCAAUGGCCCUCGAGCGCACCGCAUGAAGCCGUGUCCGCAGCCCCACCGUCCAGUAGUCCACCACCUCAGUCAGCAGCGCCCACUCGCCAGGCAGCAAAGGCGUCACAUCCACCGGAUCGAGGUCACGGUGGCCCGCAUACUUGGACAGCAGACGCAGGGAGGCCGACUUGAAGAAGAAGGACGAUGUGGUAGUGGUAGUGGUGGGAAGGCUAGUGCCUUUUGCCCUGCUCUCCUCGUCUCUGCGUUUCUCCUCCCGUGUGUUGAGCAGCACCUUGAGCAGCAGGAAGAGCAGCCCCGACGAGGGCCACGCAGCCAACUCCUUGCCAAGCCACUCCUCCUCCAUCCCACCCCCACCACCACCUGCACCACCCUCCGCAGCCGCCUUGACGCCAUCGCUCCCAGCGCGAGAUGCGCUCUCCGCCAGCCGCCGCCACACCGAUGUGGGCGAGAAGAUUGACUGGUUCUCCCAAGAGAGGGCGUGCGCAUGGUGGUAGUCGCCCGCAUGUGUGGCGUCGCUCCUCCUGGGGCUGGCGUGGCGAGAGGCCGGUGGCGGGGAGGGGUGGUUGAGCCGAUGGUUGGUGGCCAGGCAGUAGGCCUCGGCUGUGGCCAGGUCUGGCUGUGUGUCGCUGUUGCUGUUGGUGUGGAUGAGGAGUGAGAGUGCAGCCUCGUGGCGGUGGGCCUUGCCAUACAGCACGACGGUCUCCUCCUUCAGCCACGUGGGCUCGACCACCUGCACACAUGAGACGUCCAUCCACAGGACGCACCACACAUGGACAGAAAGAGGUGAGGCAUCCGCGCGUGUGUGUGUGUGUGCCUCCCCCAACUUUCCCACGCACCUUGAGUAUCGCGUCGACAUCAUAGCCCUCCAUCUCUUCCAGGUACUGCAGUAGCUUCCGCCGCAUCGCCCCCGCCUUGCCCCCCUCACUCUCAGCCCCCCUCCCACCUCUCCUCCCGCUCCCAUCUCCACCAGGGGGCCGCUCAGGCGACACCGCAAGCACACUCUGCGCGUAGAUCAAGGCCAGCUGCGUACGCUGCGUCGGCUCAGCCCGCUUCUGGUUCCACGUGAGAUGCUCCAGGUAGGCCUCUUCCAGCGAUGACGACGCACUGGGGGAGGCGUUGGCGAGCAUCUCCAGGAUCUCGUCGGGCGUGAGGGGGCAGAGCUGGCUGCCGGGGGCCGUGAAGAUGCGCAGACCCAAUUGGGGGUCGCGGGCCAGCACCAGCGGCGCAUACUCCUGGAUGAGCGCCGCCACGUUGAAGGACGAGGGGGCGGUGACGGGCGGCUGCUCGAAGGGGCUCGCGCGGAUGGUGUCGAGGGCUCCCGAAGCAAAGGCCGUGAGCAAGUGUGCGAUUUCUUGCAUUGGGUCGCCGAAUGUUGAGGCCGACACGUCGCACUCGAUCUCCUCGUUGAUGAUGGAUCGCCAUAUCUGGAGAGCGUUCUCGUACCGCUGGUCGCGGCGGUGGAUGACGGCUAGCACAUCGGGGCGGCGCUUGCGGGUGAGGAACGACUCGCUGUCCUCCAGAGUGCACGUCAGGGGGCUGAUGGCGUCCAUCAGCAGCUCGCGCCACCUGCAUGGCCACCAAGACACGCACAGAUGGCCAGGUAUAGGGUCCUUCUGUCUGCUCGCUGAGCUGACCUCAUGUCGUCUCCUUCCACCAGCAGCUUGAGCAGCAUCGUGUCGACGCACCGCAGCAGCCAGCUCACCGACGGACCCUCACCCUCACUCCCUUCUCCUCCCUUGACACCCGCCCCACCCUCCUCCUCACCCUCCCUCUGAUCCACAUCAACACCUCCCGGCUUGCCGAAGGGCGACGGGGCCGGGAGAUCGAACAUGCCAUCCGACCGCCCCAGCACCAACGCAGACCGCUCCUUCAGCAGAAACGUCGCCACCGAAGAGUUCGCUAGCUCGAGUAACGCUGCACCCGCCGCGCCCUCAUCCUUGAUCUCCUCACCCGGCGCGACGACACUCUCGCUCUCGCUGCCGGCAACUGUGGUGGGCGUGGUGGUGGUGGUGCCCUUCUUCUCUGUGAGCCUCUGCUGGAUGAAUUGGCUGAUGUCGGUGCCCUCAGGGAUGCCCGUGAGUGCGAGGCCGGGUGUGGGCGGGGAGGGUGGGGGCGCCUCCCACUCGGCCGGCAGGUAGGCCUUCCAGAACUUCAUGAGCUGCUGCAGGUCGACGCGAGAGUAUGAGAAGUGCUGGAAGGCCACGGGGAACUGCAGGUCGUUGAACAGCGCCCACCCCGCCAUGACGUGGAACUUCUGCAGCUCCUGCGCCCGCCGCGGGUCGUCCGGACCGAAGUUGGCGUUGAGUAGCUCCAGGGCCGCCUGCACCCGCACCUCCAGGAGGAGCUUCUGCAGCUGCCGCUGAUACGGAAUGGGCGAUAGGCAGCUCACGGACCGCUCGGAUGCCGCGAACAGCCGCCCCUCGUUGUCACACAUGGCCCUCAGGUCGUCAAAGGGACACGUCUGGCAGAGCUUCUGGUCCCGCAGGCUGUAGAUCUCAAUCAGCCGACCAGCAGAGGGGAGGGGGGCCGAGGGCGGCUGUGAGGGCGGGAUGCUGCCGCCCCCGCCCAUCACGUAGGGGCAGCAGACGCCGAAGCAGAGGAGCCUCUUGGGCCACUGGAUGCUGUUCUUCUGUGAGGGCUGCUGCGUGGCCAGGUUGAAGAAGAUGCCCAGCCCCUCUUGCCCCGCCAGCAGCAGCUCAUCGUCGGGCAGCGUGGCGAUCCGCGGACUCGACCGCACGUCAAGGGUGAAGAUCUCCCGUGCCUGCAGGUCCCCUAGGUGGAUCAGUGAGUACUCGCGCCGGUAGCCGAUGCACAGCCACUGCUGGUGCCACGCCAGGCAGAGGGCGGCCUCAGGCGAGCUGAGCUCCUGGGAGACGGUGAAGUCGACACCGUUGUGGUGGUAGAGGACGAGUUUCUUGCGGAGGGAGACGACGAUGUCUGGCGUGGGGGAGGGGUGGGGGUUGUAGGGGACGGCGUCGACCGCUGCCGGAGGGUGGGUGGAUGUGGAUGCUGCCUUGGGGGCCUCUGUGUGGACGGCGAACGACGACACGCCGCGGCACAAGGUGUGACCGCACGACUCGAGAGAUGUCGGCAACACCUACAGAAGCGAACAGGCAGACAACCAGACGAAUCACAAGAUGCAUUGCAUGCAUUGCAGGCAGGCAGGCAGGCAGGCAGGCAGCCGCUCACUUGUAGGUUUCCAUCACUGAGUGCGAGUAGAAGUCUCCUUUGCGGCACGACGCCGAGCAUCUCGACCCUUUUGUUCUUGCCAUUGACCUUGACACUGCCCCGCCGCACCGCACUGUUGCCGAGCUCUUCGGGCGAGUGGCUCUUGGCAAGAUCGUACCGAUGGAUGGAUCCGCCCUUGGUCCCCAGGAACAACGCACUGUCGAAGUAUGUCAGCGUCUCUAUCUCCUCCGACGCACCCUCGAGCACCGGAACCACCUUGAACGGCUUCAUCGAUUGAGUGUAGGCAGAGGGACGGAUGAAGGAGAUCUCUCUCGGGUACAGGCUGGCGCGUCACGCAGACGUC